AGUUUACUCCAGAGCAUCUUAGAGAGAUCUAUGACUUUGCGGUGCAAUUGGCCAAAGAUGCCGGACGCAUGUUGAUGGAUGGUGUGGAGGCCAGAUGCGGCAACGACGGUACUGCUGGGGUACAGCAGGAACAGAUUGAGAAGGACAGUUCGGUGGAUAUUGUUACACAGACUGAUGAAGCNUUCAUCGGCGAGGAAACAUACUCCAAAGGCGCCUCAAAAGACUACCUCAUAACCUCCGCACCAACCUGGUGCGUCGACCCUCUAGACGGCACAGUGAACUACACACACCUCUUUCCCAUGUUCUGCGUCUCCAUCGCCUUUAUCCUCGACCACAAACCCACCAUCGGAGUCAUCUACGCACCUUUUCUAAACCAAAUCUUUUCCGCUUGUUCAGGCCAAGGAGCUUGGCUGAACGAAACUAGAAAAUUGCCUUUGGUGCGCAAUCCAGUGCCGCCUAUGCCUGAGCAGGCACCCAAAGGAUGUGUGUUUAGCUGUGAGUGGGGGAAGGAUAGACGUGAUGUGCAGGAUGGCAAUUUGUACAGGAAGAUUGAGAGNUUUUUGAAUAUGGCAGGAGAGAUUGGAGGAAGAGGAGGAAAAGGUGGUAUGGUGCAUGGAGUGAGGAGUCUUGGAAGUGCAACUCUCGAUCUUGCUUACGUAGCCAUGGGAUCAUUCGACAUCUGGUGGGAAGGUGGAUGUUGGGAAUGGGAUGUAGCAGCAGGCAUCUGUUUGCUACAAGAAGCAGGUGGUUUGGUCACUACUGCGAACCCUCCUGCAGACCCUGCUACAGCUGCAAUUGAGGAUGUUAGGUUGGGCAGUAGACUGUAUCUUGCCAUCAGACCUGCUGGACCUUCGGCAACAGAGACUGGAAGGCAAAGUCAGGAAAGAGUGGUUAGAGAGGUCUGGAAGAGAGUCAGGCAUUUGGAGUACUCGAGACCUGGUGCA